CUCGGUCAAAGCGCAAUUCGCUGAAGAGGCUGUCAGCUGUUAGCGCCGCCUUAUUGAGAGGGUACUCGGGAAAUUCGAUAGCUCCCGGUCGAACCGACUAGCUCGCACACUAAUGACGUCUAAUGGAAGCGGAAGAAUUGUACGAUGGACUGUACGAAAAUCUCUGUGCGAAACUUUUCGGGGAAAGUACGAGCGAGAAAUGCGCGUACUUACACACAGAAAAGUAUUAUUUCACUGCUGAGAAAAGCAAUCGCUCAGUUUGCUUUCUUUCCUUUAGAAUCAAUUAUCAUCUCAAACGCAGCGCGCACCGGACAAAGGAAGAUUUCAUCGAGGCGGGACGGUCUUUCCCGACAACGGCCUUUCAGCAACAAAUUAGGGAUUUUAAGCCGAAAGUAAUUAGUUCGGACGGACGAGGUGUCACUUUAUGGAAACGGGGAGACAGAGUCAGUCUUCAUUGUCCUCAACAUUAAUCCUUCGGGGACGUUUAGAAGUUUUCGGCUUGCCAACUGUUGUCCACGUUAAAAGCCUCUCUGAUACAGAUUCCGAAAGGAAUUUACAUAAUUUUAAUCAAUUUUGAACAAUACUACGUGUGUGUGUGUGUGUGUUUAUGUAUGUAUGUGUAUAUAUAUAUAUAUAUAUAGUGUGUGUGUGUGUAUAUAUUCUUCCAUUAGACAUUUGUCUAGUAAUUAAAAUAUCUUAGCAAAUGUUUCAAACAUUAUUUUAUAGAAUUACUAGCUAAACUGCGUACAAUGAUGUUCUAGUAUUCUAUAAUGUAUAGUAAGAAAAGAGCCUUGAUGAAAAUUUAAAAACACGAUCUAAGAACGCGCUUUGCUUUCGAGACUCGUUUACAAGCCGUCCAAUUACGCUGAAUCGUCCAUCGAACGCGAAACUCAAAUGUUUCAAACAUUAUUUUAUAGAAUUACUAGCUAAACUGCAUACAAUGAUGUUCUAGUAUUCUAUAAUGUAUAGUAAGAAAAGAGCCUUGAUGAAAAUUUAAAAACACGAUCUAAGAACGCGCUUUGCUUUCGAGACUCGUUUACAAGCCGUCCAAUUACGCUGAAUCGUCCAUCGAACGCGAAACUCAAAUGUUUCAAACAUUAUUUUAUAGAAUUACUAGCUAAACUGCAUACAAUGAUGUUCUAGUAUUCUAUAAUGUAUAGUAAGAAAAGAGCCUUGAUGAAAAUUUAAAAACACGAUCUAAGAACGCGCUUUGCUUUCGAGACUCGUUUACAAGCCGUCCAAUUACGCUGAAUCGUCCAUCGAACGCGAAACUCAAAUGUUUCAAACAUUAUUUUAUAGAAUUACUAGCUAAACUGCAUACAAUGAUGUUCUAGUAUUCUAUAAUGUAUAGUAAGAAAAGAGCCUUGAUGAAAAUUUAAAAACACGAUCUAAGAACGCGCUUUGCUUUCGAGACUCGUUUACAAGCCGUCCAAUAACGCUGAAUCGUCCAUCGAACGCGAAACUCAAAAGGAUUUAGCAGGCGCAAUCUUUUAGCGCUGUUACUGGAACGUGACUCGAUAAUCUUAUUUAGUCUUUCACGAGGAAAUGGAUUAUUCGAUCGCUCGUGGAAACCUCCGGAGUCGGAGAUCCUCUUUAGUUACUACACAGGCGCAGUUAGUUAAUUAAAAGGUAAAGAGAGAACGAGGCGGGAAGAGAAGAACGAGCGAGAUGAGAGGACAACGGUAAUAGAGGAUAAGGGGGACGGAAGGCAAGGAGAGAGGGCGGAGAGAGGAAAUGAUGAGAGAGGCAUUGGGAUUUGUAGCUCCAUCGGAGAGAACAACCCUUUCUUGCUUCGCCAGGAAUGCUCUAGGGUUGUUGCUUCCGAUCGAGCAAACAUUUAGGCCGCUUUAGCGAUGCGAU